AUGGGUAGUGUUUGUGCUGAUCAGCACCAGCUGAAGUUCCUUCAAUCCCACCAAUUGUAUCACAAGAAAAGCACACGGGAAAUCGAUAUUCCGCCGAGAAAACUACUCAGCCGCCGCUCUGCUACCGGUCAGGCAGCGGAGAUGUUCAUGGACUCCCCCAAAUCCGCAGAGGAUGGCCUGUUUCAGAGAUUCUUGCCGUACAAUAACGUCGAUGAUGAUGAUGCAGACCCUUACUCCUCAGAUCGCUUCAAAAUGUACGAAUUCAAGGUUCGGAAGUGCACUCGAAGCCGUAGCCACGACUGGACCGAUUGUCCCUUUGCUCAUCCAGGAGAAAAGGCCCGUAGAAGGGAUCCCAGAAGGUACCAUUAUUCUGGUACUGUGUGUGAAGAGUUUCGUAAAGGCCAUUGCAGCAAAGGGGAUAAUUGCGAGUUUGCGCAUGGAGUUUUCGAGUGUUGGCUUCAUCCAAUGCGAUAUCGAACUGAGGCUUGUAAAGAUGGUAAGAAUUGCCAGCGAAAGAUCUGUUUUUUCGCGCACUCUACUAAACAGCUUCGUAUUUUAUCCGAUAACUCCUCUCCUCCAUUGAUUUCUCCGGUUUCUAUCGAAAAAACUUAUUUGAACCAUUGCUGUGUUCAUUGUCACUCUAUGAUUGCUUCUCCAACUUCUACUUUAAUGAACCUGUCUCAUCCGUCAUCCCCUCCAUUUUCACCACCGAUUUCUCCUGUCAAAAUGCCUGAGUUUUCACGCCGUUCACUCGAAUGUUCUGCUCUGAAUGAAUUUAGUUCUGGUGGGAUGAGUUACAAGGACGCUUUGACUGAACUUAUGGGAAAUUUGGAAUCCAUGAAUCUGACUGAAGGUUCAAACACAUUCUUCAAUGGGGAUUUUUCAAGCAGGGAUUUCACUGAGGCCUACAAGCACAACAAUGAAAGUGGACCUGAUUUUGGCACAGAAGUAGAACGAGGAGCCGAAGGCAAGCGAGAGACGACUGCACAGGAAAUACAAGAAGCAUCAUCAGGUCAGGUGCCAUCCAAAAUGCAGAGUCCUUUCACUCCUUCGGGCAACCUCAAUCAGACAUUCACCAUAUCGGAUUACAACCUCGGGGAAGAAGGGGAUCUCUUCAAGGCCCCUGAACCAGUAAUUCAAGAACCGUUGAUUGGCCUUGAUCCAAUGACGGCUGCCAUUUCAAUGAUUUCUUGCAGAGAAAACCUUAUCUCCCCUGAUGCACUGACUGUGUCCGCCAUUGAAUCAUCAAUUGAGAGUGGGCAACUCCUCAGCGAGGUCUACUAUUAA